UAAAACAACAUACCCAAAUCUCCUAACCCCCAUUUCUCUAUUACCAACACAAACACAUUAUAUAUAUAUAUAUAUAUAUAUAUAUAUAUAUAUAUAUAUAUAUUAUUAGUAAUUGGAGUUGUGGAUCACAUACUUUGAUUCAUUUGUUAUGUUGUUGUUGGAUGGUAUGGAGCUUCAACUCGGACUUGCACUCCCAAGCAAUCCCAUGAAGGGGUUCGACCUCAAUAGCUGCUAUGUUUACGAGCCUAAGGGAGCUUUAGGCUCGGACAUAUUCAACCAUCUCGGUUCUAAUGAAGGCACCAGUAAGUUGAGAAAACGUGGUCUCACUCAAGCUUUUGAUGAGCAAGACAUCCCCCAAACUCUGCCUCUAUUGGCGUGGAAUAACCACCCAAACGAAGAAGAUGAUGGGAAACAACAACGCAACAAGCCUUUUAUCAUUCACAAAUAUGAUAUUGGAGAUGAAGAUGGUGUGGUGGGGUGGCCACCCAUCAAUUCGUGGAGAAAGAAGCUUUGCAACCAAAAUCACGGUGGUCAGGCGGCGGACAUCAAUGGGAUGGUGGAUAACGGUGGUGGCAGAGGAGGAGGAGGAGGUGGUGGUGGCAGAGGAUCAAAUUCAAUGUACGUGAAGGUGAAGAUGGAGGGAGUGGCAAUAGCAAGGAAGGUUGACUUAAGUCGUCAUGAGUCAUAUGAAACGCUCACAGAUACAUUGGUUGACAUGUUUUGGAUACGCCAGGAAGAUGUGAAGGCUUACACGCUCACCUAUCAAGAUAAGGAAGGGGAUUGGCUCCUUGUUGGAGAUGUACCUUGGCAAACUUUCAUCCAAUCGGUGCAACGCCUAAAAUUACUAAGGACAAGGGGGUGAUUGAGAUGUAGUGGAACAUAUCGAAGUGUGUUUUUCGUGGGCAUGCUUGCUCUAAUUUAGGAGAAGCAGAGAUGUUUAUUUGCUAGAAUACUAAAUAGAGAUGUAUGUAAACUGGGUGAACUUUAAUUAACUUGCAGUAAUUCAUAUAAGAAACGGAUGCUUAUGGACGUACUGUAGUAAUCCUCUCACAUCUCACUAUUAUUUUUCCCACCUUAAUUAAUUUUUGGAGCAUUGUCAAAUGUAUCGUGUUUGAUAUUCAUGGUAUGUUUUCAUAAUUGCUUUAAUAGUGUUAGCCCAAAGUGGUUAUUAACAUUUU